AUGUCGCAACCCACUUUAACCCCGCCCUCCUUCGAGCAACAUCCCACCGGCUUCGGCAUUGGCUCCGCGCAGCCCCGGAUCUCGUGGAGGUUCACAGCUCCUGAAGGCACCGCUGCAAAUUGGCAACAGACUGCGUACGAUGUCCAGGUCGCUCGCGGCAACAACAGCACAGACACGUACCGUGUUGAUUCCAGCGAAUCCGUACUGGUGCCAUGGCCGAGCCAGCCGUUGCAGUCGCGAGAGACCGCAACAGUCCGCGUACGCUCUCAUGGAGGGUCGGGAGAUAAUACAGCACCGACUGAAUGGUCAGCCUGGAGUACUGUUGAGUGUGCUCUGCUGAGUCGUGAUGACUGGGGCGCGCGUGCGAUUACCAGUCAUGUUAAGCAAAAUGAAGGCCCACUGCGUCCCGUUCGAUUCAGGAAGACGUUUUCUUUACCCAAGGCCCCCGUGCAGCGUGCGAGACUGUACAUCACGAGCCUGGGAGUGUUUCAGGCGUACAUCAAUGGAGUGCCCGUGGGUGACCAUUGUAUGGCUCCUGGGUGGACGAGCUAUCACAACCGGCUGAACUACGAGGUCUUCGAUGUCGCAUCGCUCCUGAAGGAUGGACAGGAGAAUACCAUUGCGGUGGAGGUUUCAGAGGGCUGGUAUGCUACGCGGCUGGGCUUUCAUGGAGGCAGACGGUUCAUCUAUGGGGAUGAGUUUGGGUUGUUUGCUCAGCUAGAAAUCGACCCAGGACAGGGAGACCAAUCGCCAGUCGUUAUUGCAACUGACUCAAGCUGGAAGUCCCACCAGUCUGCGAUCAUCCGUAGCGAGAUCUACAAUGGAGAGGUUUACGACGCGCGGGAGGAGCAGGAUGGCUGGAAGGAUUCAACCUUGGCGACCCCUUGGGAGCCAGUUCGCGAAAUCGCAUUACCUGAGGCGCAGCUUGUAGCUCCAAACGCUCCUCCAGUGCGAGUGACUCAGGUGGUCGAUCCGGUUGAGAUAAUCCGCACGCCGUCCAGCAAAGUGGUUAUUGAUUUCGGGCAGAACCUUGUCGGGCGAGUCCGGAUUCACUCCGUCAAAAAGCCAGCAGGUCAUUCUAUAGUCCUCCAACAUGCGGAAGUCCUUGAAAACAAGGAACUGGGAACACGUCCGCUCCGGAUAGCCAAGGCCCAGGACGAGAUCAUAUCAGCCGGUCAGGAAAUCCGGGACUGGGCUCCUAGCUUCACCUUCCAUGGCUUUAGAUAUGUUCAGGUGGAUGGGUGGGACCCUGAGGACACGGAGUCCCCGCUCACACUGCAGAGCCUUGUUGCAGAGGUCAUGCAUACUGAUCUCAAACGAUCUGGAUGGUUUAACUGUAGCCAUGAGAUGGUCAACAAACUGCAUCAAAAUGCGAUAUGGAGUAUGCGCGGAAACUUCCUCUCUGUUCCAACGGACUGCCCGCAGCGUGAUGAGCGCAUGGGCUGGACGGGCGAUCUCCAAAUCUUUGCUCCUUCUGCAAGUUUCCUGUAUAACACGGGAGGCAUGCUGAGUGACUGGCUGCAGGAUCUUUCAGCUGAACAGCUCGCACACCCAAAGGCAAUCCCGCCGCUUGUGGUCCCGAACGUGAUUGCCGAGUCCUUCUGGCCCACGUUUCCCCAGGCUGUGUGGGAUGAUAUAUCCAUAAUCCUGCCUUGGACGCUGUACCAAAGCUACGGAGACGCUAGUAUCCUCCGCCGGCAAUACCCUAGCAUGACUGCCUAUCUCGAGCGUGGGGUGCAGCGCGGCCCAGACCGUCUGUGGGACGAUACGCUCUUCCAACUCGGCGACUGGCUUGACCCGACUGCGCCUCCAGACCAGCCUGGCAACUCUCGCACAGACGGAACUCUAGUUGCAGAUGCCUACCUCGUGUAUAUAACAGGGAUCCUCGCGGACAUCAGCUCCAUACUCGGCGAAUCCGCAGACGCAUCACGAUACAAGGCCGACCACCGAACCCUCAAAUCCCGGUUCCAAACCAAGUACAUCUCCCCCACAGGCCUGCUGGUAGGAGACACCCAAACAGCACUCAGCCUCGCUAUAGUCUUCGACCUCCACGAUGACCCGCAACAAGCCGCUGCCGCAGGCGAUCGACUAGCCCGCCUUGUGCGCAUAUCCAAGUUCCAAGUAUCCACAGGCUUCGCCGGUACACCCGUAGUUACGCACGCUCUGACAAAGGCCGGCCACCACCAACUAGCCUACCGCAUGUUACAAGAAUCUAACUGCCCCUCGUGGAUGUACCCGAUCCGCAUGGGCGCCACAACCGUCUGGGAGCGCUGGGAUAGCAUGCUGCCCGACGGCUCAAUCAAUCCUGGGGAAAUGACUAGUUUCAAUCAUUACGCUCUGGGGUCGAUUAUCAACUGGUUACAUAAGACUGUUGCCGGAGUGAGUCCGCUAGAGCCUGGAUGGAGGCAGAUACUAGUUCAACCUUUACCGGGAGGUACCAUUACCUCUGCCGAGGCGAUCUAUGAGACGGCGUACGGCCGGUUGGAGUCUCGAUGGGAGGUUAAGGAUGGUGACCAGUUCCGACUGGAGCUGGUUGUGCCUCCGAAUUCGACGGCGAAGGUGGUCCUCCCUGGUGGUAAGGAUGAGAAGGUCGUUGGAUCCGGACGGUACACGUUUGAGAAGACAUUUGAUAGCCAGGCCGGAUGGCCUCCUAAAGCGCAGGUGCCGCCGGUGUUUGAACCGGAAGAUACCUUUGCAUAG